AUGCGAGUAAACAUCACUGACAGUGGUCAGGCGGUCUCGGUGUGUCCGGCCCUGUUGCCAGGCGACAUUGUAUCUGUGCUUGAGGCUAGCAUGGCUAGUAGAGAGAGCAAGGCCGGGUAUUGGAAUAGCAAGCCACGGUCAGACGGUUCGGGAAGCAGAGCACUGGGCUGGGACUCUAUAUUACGGUGA